UGAAAGAAUAAAGAUAUUGACAUAUGGAUUUCAACUUCAUUUAGAAUGACUCAUUGAUCCAUGCUUGACAACUGUCAACAGCAAAGGUAUUUACAGUUCGCUUUCAAACGGACAGAACACGUACACCAGCUAGAAAGGACCGACCGUGUGUUGUCCAAUUUAAUGGUCAAUUGGCGUUAAGACUUUUAUUUGAAUUCAAAACUCGGCGACAUAAUGAUGUAUGCACUGACGACUUUGUUAAUAUUAGUAGUACACGGUGUUCAUGGUCAGAACUGUGGACAUUGUACAGUCACCAAGCAUACAGCGUUAGAUGACCACAUAAGUCCCUCAUACCAACUCUGGACAAGAACCAAUUCUCUGACAGUAGCAGAAUGCGGUGCAGGCUGCUACAUGGAUGUAGGAUGUCGUUCCUUCAUCUACAAAGGUGCAACGACAACGUGUAUUGGAUACGCCAGCAGCAUGUCGACACCAACGAGGAUGGGUGCUGUCGCUGAGGUUGGUGCAAGAGCGUAUCUGAUGUGUACAGCGUCGCUGUCGAUUGGCCAUUCCUGUUCGAAUAACGAUGAAUGCAGCGUGACCAAUUCUAUGUGUAACAACGGAGCCUGUGACUGUGACGCUUCUCAUUACUACGACAUCCACAACAAUGAAUGCACCGUGACCAACUUACUAGCCAGCCCAUGUGCUGUAGACUCGGAUUGCCCUGUGACGGACUCUAUUUGUGACAAUGCCACCUCUCUCUGUGCUUGUAAUCAUAGCACCAUUUACAACCAAACUGUGAACCAGUGCGUCGAAUCUUCACACCGGCUAGGACAAUCCUGCAGUGGAGCUUCAGAAUGCACCGUCAGUAACGCCAUCUGCAACACCGGCCUCUGUGCCUGCAAGUACGGCUACACCUAUGACACGACAACAAAGGAGUGCCGACAAUCACUAGAUGACACGUGCAGCUCUACAUCCGGUUGUUCAGUGGCCAACUCAUUCUGCCGCAGCGGCAGCUGUGUCUGUGAUGUCGGAUACUCCUUUAAAAGAACAGAAAACCAAUGCGACCGAUUCUGCACAGUUUACGGGGAUAGCUACGCUGGUCACGUUGACGUUGGCGUUGGCGGAUGCAACCUCAUCUCUGUUACGAUGUCAACUGCUGAAGAUUGCUGGAAGACAUGUACCUCUCAGACGGGGAUGCUGUGCAAGAACGUUGAGUACAACGGAGCAUCUGGGUCCUGUAUUUUGUGUGAUAAAGCCUGGUUUGAACUCAGCUCAGGAAGUCGGCUGUAUUCAGAUCCAGGAUGGUCGACCUACUUCAGAAACUGUGGCGACUCAACCACAGUAUUAGGGAAACUAUGCAGCAGUAACACCGAUUGCUCUGCGGCCAACGUCAUCUGUAAAAGUGAAACCUGUGUGUGUGCCGUCGGAUACUCCUUCAACGUCGCAACUAACGGAUGUGUGCAGCUGUGUUCUGCCUACAGUGACACCUAUGUUGGUCACUCAGGCGUCAGAGUGGACAGUUGCAACAUCGCCAGUACGACUACAACGACUGCUCAAGCAUGCUGGGAGCGAUGCACAGCUGAGACAGGAACACGUUGUAAGAUUGCUCAGUACAGGGCAGGUGAUGAAGAUUGCAUUCUGUGCGACAAAGGAUGGUUUGAAAUCCUCCCUGAUGACAGGAUGUAUGACGAGGAUGGAUGGACCACCUAUUUUAGGAACUGUGAAUGAAUAUGUUGUGUCAAAGAAAAGAUAAGAUGUUUCAAACUCAUUAAAAUCCUAUCUUUUUCCUCGGACACUAUACGGCUCCACUGAAGAUUUAAGGACAUUCUUCCAACCAAUAUUCCAGGGUUAUCAGCAGGAAGUCUAUUUAUUUAUUUGUUGGUUUCUUGGUCAACGAGUCACUCAGUAAUGUUACAGCUAUAUAAUGGCGUCCUGUAAUCGAGAUUGGACCAGACAAUCCAGUGAUUGAUACUCUGUGCAACGAUCAUCGCCAUCGAUGAUGUCACGCAAUCAACCAAGUCACCGAGACAGACCACCUCAUCCAUUGAUAUCUCCCAAUACGAAAUGCAAGAUUGCUGCGGACCAAUUCCGAGGUGUUCAUUUUCGGUGACUAAGAUAUUACUAUUGUCGAAUUAUAUGUGAUCGGUUUGAGUACAAUUUGUACCUUAUACAAUUAGCCGACAUUAGAUCGUAUGCC